CACAAACGUAUCCGCGUCUAUUAAUAUUACAACAAAUAUAGAAGAUUUUUAUCUGUUUUCAAUUUUGUGAUUUUGUGUGAAAUAUGGACCUUAGUAACCUGUAAAUAUGAGCCAAAAACAGAAAGUGAUGUUUAAGUGUUGUGUUGUGAUUUUCAGUUUGUUUAUCACAGCUUCUUCACCUCAACUUAUGCGGCAAAAUGACUUGAACACAAAUGUAGAGCCAGACGAUAGAUGGAUUUGGGGAUACGUAGAUAUGACUGUUCCGUCACGAAAUAACAAUGAUACAGAAAUUCCAAUUUUUCCACCCACAACAACAGAGGAAAAUCUGCCAGAGAUCUGUUUGCCAUACAGUCCCCCGAAACCCAACUUCAGUGCACCUGGAAAAAGAAUCAGUGAAGCAAAAUGCGAUGAAUAUGUUUGGCAACUAAAAACUAGACAGGAAAGAAGUGAUAGAUCUCAGGAAUGUGAAAAAGAACUGGAUAGAAUAAAUCCUAACAGAUCAAAACCUGUCGGUAUAAUUGGGGGACAGAACACAAAACUCGGCGAGUUCCCACACAUGGGUGCCAUAGGAUGGCAGGCGUUUGGCGGUACAUACAUAUUCAAAUGCGGCGGCUCACUCAUCAGCCCCAGAUUCGUGUUGACUGCAGCCCACUGUUCUAGAGCUUCCGACCGAGAUACUACCAUUACAGAUCCUGUACCCAAAAUCGUAAGACUAGGACACACGAAUAUUAACAACCCGUCUUCCAAUGGAUUUAUAAUUACUGGUGACAAGAUCAUCAGUAUAAUAGUCCACCCGAAGUAUGCACCUCCGAAGAAGUACUAUGACGUCGCUCUGAUGAUGUUGGAGAACGAUGUGUUCUUCAGUAAAUACAUCCAACCAGCCUGUUUGUGGACCAGGUUCGAUACUUCAAGUCUUGGACCGAAGGCCACCGUGACUGGAUGGGGUGUGGUUGAAACACUUGGCAAAACCACAUCACAGGAGUUGCAAGCCGGUGUAGUAGACAUGAUAGACAGUGAGACCUGCAACCAGCUGCUGAAGACUUCUUGUAACAGGAACUGGUGUGGAGUUAGAGAUGAUCAGCUCUGUGCUGGCAAACUGAUGGGAGGAGUGGAUGCUUGUCAGGGUGACUCUGGUGGACCUCUUCAGGUCCAACUGCCAAUCAAACUUGAGGAAGGCACCAUGCACUAUGUGAUUGGUGUGACGUCAUUCGGCAUUGGCUGUGCGCUACCCAACUUGCCUGGAAUCUACACCAGAGUGUCCAGCUACUUGGACUGGAUCGAACCUAUUGUUUGGCCUGAUUCAAAUCCCCUCAGAAAGGUGUUUUGUUUUGUUUUCAAAGGUGAAUUUUGUGAAAAUAAUUUCAAAAUGGGUGUUAGUUUUAAUGUUACUUUGAAGAGCUUUAUUGUGUUGUUCAGUUUAUUUAUUACAGUAUCACCUGCACAUUUUCGGCAUCGUAUUUUCCGUGACGGGACAAACGACGACGACAGAUGGAUUUGGGGUCACGAAACAACGUCAAACGAUACCACUACUUCAGCCCCAGUAACAGACCCAGUGCCUGCAAAUAUCACAAAAAACGAUGUAUGUCAACCGUUCGACCCACCAAUGCCAGAUUUCAGCAAAACAGGGCGAAGAAUAAGUGAAAAAAAAUGUUACGAAUAUAUUUGGCAGUUAAGAGUAAGACACGAAAGGCGAACAAGAGCAGCUAAAUGUGCCUUCGAGCUAUCAAGAAGUUCAGAUCCUAAUAAACCUAUCGCUGUUGAGGCCAUAGGAGGACACGAUACUGAACCAGGGGAAUUUCCACAUAUGGGCGCCUUAGGAUGGAAGGCGGCGACAGGAACUUGGGUGUUCAAAUGCGGCAGCUCACUCAUCAGCUCCAAGUUUGUGCUAACAGCUGGUCAUUGUUCCCAAGCUUCUAUAAGAGACACAUCUAUUGCUGAUCCUGUGCCUAAGAUAGUGAGACUGGGAGACAAGAAUAUUGCUGAUGUGUAUUCGCACGGCGUUUUACCAACAGAUGCUAAGAUCCUCAAAAUAAUAGUCCACCCAAAGUAUUCACCUCCGAAGAAGUACUAUGACAUCGCUCUGGUGGAGCUGGAGAAGAACGUACGUUUCACCAAGUUCAUACAACCAGCUUGUUUGUGGAACAACUUUGAUACUUCUGCUCUUGGAACAGAGGGUACGUUGACUGGAUGGGGUGUAGUGGAAACUAAUGGCCGAAAGACCUCUCCUGAGCUGCAAGAAGCAGUAGUAGACCUGAUAGACAGUGAGACCUGCGACCGUCUGCUGAGACCGUCAUGCAACAGGAACUGGUGUGGAGUAAGAAAGGAACAGCUCUGUGCUGGAAAACUUGAAGGAGGAGUCGAUGCCUGUCAGGGUGACUCCGGUGGACCUCUUCAAGUGCAAAUUCCCAUACCAAUUACGACGGAAGGUUUGAUGCACUAUGUAGUCGGUGUGACGUCAUUCGGCAUUGGCUGUGCACUACCCAACCUACCUGGAAUCUACACCAGAGUGUCCAGCUUCUUGGACUGGAUCGAACCUAUUGUUUGGCCUCAACCUAUUGAUAGU